AUGGUCCAUUACGGAGUUUGCGGUUCCAGCAUUGCUAGAAUGUUUCUCACAAAAGCAUCUCUACUUGGAACAAUUGAUUUGAUUAAUACCUUGGAGGAAGUUAAGGGUUUAGGGUUUGACCCUUCAACUUCCACUUUUGGGAUAGCUUUGAUUGCAAAGAAAUGUAUGAAUAAAGCACGUUGGGAUGAGAAAGUUGAUGUCGUUAAGAAAUGGGGUUGGUCUGAUGAAGCUGUUGUUCAAGCAUUUAGGAAGCAUCCUAGUUUGAUGUUGGCUUCAGUCGAUAAGAUUAAUUUGGUGAUGAGUUUUUGGGUCGAUCGAAUGGGUUGGGAUUCCUUGGCACUUACUAAAUUGCCACAAAUUUUCGGUUUUUGUUUGCAGAAAAGGGUGAUUCCAAGGGCAUUAGUUCUGCAAUAUCUUAUGAUGAAAGGAUUGAGGAGAAGGAAUGCAAGCUUAGUGACACCAUUUAGGUGGUCUGAGAAACAGUUCCUGAGCAAAUAUGUUGUCUGUUUUAAGGAUGAGUCUGAUUAUUUAUUGAAACUCUAUGAGGAAAACACGAAUCUUGCGAACACCAAGGAGAACAUUGACAUGCCAUUCACCAAAUAG